CGCGACGUCAUCGACGGAGAGACCGCAAGAGGAAGAGGAACGGCUAGGAAAUCGCAAAUUUUGUCGCGCAAAUAAAGCGGAAACAGAAUCGAGGAAAUCGUGUCGGGGGCGAUACGUUGAAAUCGACCAACUUCCGCUCUGCCUGCUGCCAUUGUGCGCGGACGAGUCACCUGCCGUGCUCCGCGCAGUCCGCGCAUCAUGGCGACGCUCAGCUGGUAGUGACGAGUGACGACACUCGGCUGCUGCUGGCUAGUGAGGGGCACCGAGGGGGUAUGUGACGGCUGCGUUUGGACGGGCUACCUCGGGCUACUGCGACGGCAUCGUUGUUAUCUCGAUCGCGUUGGCCGAGCGUCCACUCGGUGCUGCUCUCGCGAGUCGACGAGCUCCGCGGAGAGCGACGGUCCAGGUGAAAUGGCAACAAGGUGCACGGUCGCUGUCGCGCUGCCGCCGUCGCUGCCGCGUCCGCACGGGAUUCUGUAAUCGCUCGCGCGGAACGGGAAAGCGGGAUCGGGGUAGACGCGCGGAUGCGACGCGCGAGCGACCUGCAAAGCUGACAGCUCGCCGCUAGCUAGUGAGAGACAGAGAAAGUGAGGGAGAGAGAAAGGGAGAGAGAUAGAGAGAGAACCAUGGGCAACUGUUUGAAGCGCACCGCUGGCAACCAACAGGACAAUACCACCCUCCUGAGCAACAAUCCCGAGCCCAACGUGUCCGCGAGCGGAUCCUCGCAGGAGGGCCUCGGGCCGCCGAUCCCCUACAACGUAAUUCACCAAGCGGCUUAUUACCCGUCGAUCGCCACGAGGGAACGUCAUUUGCAGUCCACCAACUUGAACAUUGGCCAUGGGAUCGGAGUCAAUCUGGUGCAGAGCACCGGCUCGGCCGGCUUGAGCGAGGAGGAGCAACAAGUGAGAAUUGCGAAGCGUAUAGGACUGAUACAGCACUUGCCGAUGCGCGAGUACGACGGUGCGAAGAAGGGCGAGUGCGUGAUAUGCAUGAUGGAGCUGCUAGUGGGCGAGGAAGUGCGUUAUCUACCUUGCAUGCACACCUACCACGCGAUCUGCAUCGACGACUGGUUGCUGCGCUCGUUGACCUGUCCGUCAUGCAUGGAGCCGGUGGACGCAGCGCUAAUUAGCUCAUAUCAUCCGACUACUUAAUACCAGAGUGACGAGAGUUUUCAUCGGUUUAGCCGAGCGGAAUUAAAUUACUAAGGCUAAACGUGAAGCGACUGCAGAGAGAGAGAGAGAGAGAAAGAGCGAGAGAAAGUCGUUGCUUUUACUGUAGAGCGUAUAAAGGCUUCUGGGUAGUAGAGAGAUCGCGUGUCAAUGGUUUGAUUGUAUUUCGCCGUUAUACGAUAUACAUAUAGGUGGGCGCGCGUGUUGUUUAAUAUAAUAAUCUCUAUCACACACAAAAGUACACUCUCCCUUAAUUAAAUCCGCAGGUAUCUUUUUUUAGAUCGUUCCUUACGAGAAGGCAAACUUGGGACUUGAUUUUAAUUAAAUUUAGUCAAUAUCACGGCUCCCCGAAACCCUUUUCCGUAGUGAGUUUUUAUUGCUUGUACAUUUGAUUUCUCAUUUAGAAAAGAAAGAUGAGGAGGCGGCUCGAUGUAAGAGUGCAAUAAAGCGUUGAGUGUAAGCCCCAUGUGCACCGAUAGGCAUAUAUAGUCGAAACAAUAAGUAUAUAUAUUAUAUAUAUGCGUAGCAAUGAGAUAAUAAGUGCGACACGUGCGGAAAUUAUUAUGUCCUUUGUAUUUCUCGUGCGGCUUUUUGUGUAACACAUGUUCGUACACGUUCAUACGCGAAUGUUAGACGAGCCAACGCAAAUUGGCAUUUUCUUCUUGCAUAAUCCGUUUUAAUCGCCUCCUUGAGUUGUCCGGAUAUAUAACGUACCUAUUCUCGGGUAAAAUAAAUUAGUCGAUAAUUUUAAACUUAGGAGAUGGGAUUUCUUUCGCGGAUGCAGAUUAUACACGUGCGUAGACACUGCAGACCGUCGGGAUUGCGUAAAUGAUAGUCCGCUAUAUUUUCGUGACGAAAGAAAGACUGUCUCCAACGAUACUCGCAUACGUUUUAAAUUUUCUUGAUGCCUCGCGCAUGUGUCGUUACGUAAAUCGCUUGAACCGCUUUUGCCGCGACGAACAUUGAACAUUUUUAAUUUAAAUAACGUGUACAGAGAAAGAAUGCUUUAUUGUAUGCUACGGACGAUUAGCGGUUUAUUAUAUCGAUAGUGCGGGAAUACGUAUAGCAACGAAUAAAGAGAGCGAACAAAACAGUAAACGUAGAGAGGAAGAGAGAGAGAGGGAGAUAAAAUGCGAUAAAUGAUCCACACUGUUGAAUACUACACGCUAAUAAUGGGCUACGUAACUUAGAUUCUGUUGUUAAUUUAGUGGAGCUUGUUGAACUAACUUUUGCUGCAGUUACAGUAAAGCAGUGGACAUUUUGACCGUUCCGCGCCAAGUAAAACUUUACCGAGGUAUGUACAGUUUAGUGUAGUUUCGUACAUCAAUGUAUAAUAUGCGAUAGUUUUACCGACUUCGUGCGAAGCGACAUUUCAAACCGAAGAGAGAUAGAGGAAGCGAGAGAGAACGCAAUUAAAUGUUUAAUUUAUAAAAAGAGGGGGAAAAACUUAACCACAUACGGUACCGCUAAGUUUUCGUUUUAAAUGGGAAUAUGAUGCUGUGAAAUAGUGAUUUAUUGACGAAGUACAGAGGUAUAUAAAUAAUGAUUUAAUACGCAAAUAUAAAUAUUUAGUAAGAAAAUUUUUGUGUUUCUGGAAGAUGUCCAUCUCGACACAAAAUUCCUCGAUCGCGCUCCGAUCGAACAUUUUAAAUAAUUAGAGCUAUAUUUGCAAAUUCUAAAUAGAGAGUAGCGUAAUUUUAUAAAAAAAAAAGGAGAUAAGCCAAGGAAGGCUAAAGUUACGAACUUAAUUCUAAUGGGUCUUUCUAAGAUAAAAGGAGGAGAGAAACAAAAAAGGAGAUAUCCGGACGGUUUGUCCCGGUGAGAUAAGCGCGUUACGUCGCUCUAAUCAAUGUAUCGGACACUUUACGCGAUUAAUCGCGGGGCAUCACUGACAAUCUGCCGGGCUACAUUAUAAUCGUAAGUCUCGAUAAUGGCAAUUGUAUUUGACUUGCGUUUGGGAAAGAUGAUAAUAAAUAUUUGAUUGAAAAAAAAAA